GGGAGAUAGGACAGAGUGCGCAGGAGACAGUAGGACAGAGUGAGCAGGGCAGACUGGUAAGAAUCCAAGGCUAGCCAACAUGAGCUCUGGGGCUCAACAAGGAAUGCACUCAAACCUUUCCCAGACUAGCCCACAAAUGGAAAGCAAAGGCAGAAAGAAGAUCCAUUUUUCAGUGUCAGUACCACCCAGCCAGAUGGACCCCCGAGCAGUGGAGAUGAUCCGGAGACGUCGGCCCACCCCAGCCACACUUUUUCGUGUAUCUGAACCUCAAUCACCAGAUGAAGACCCCACAUUAUACCAGAAUAUUGGUGAAACCAUGAUACUAAAGACAAAUAGAACAAACCCUUGUCCCUACAUUCCUCCAUCAAUUAAGGCUGUCCAGCGCAUAGUCCAAGCUCACAUGCAGGCCCUUGGGUCUCUUGGUGACAGUGAUGAUGAUGAUGAAGAACAAGAAGAGGUAACUGAGGACACUAAAACUGGAACAGAAGAAUCAUCUGUACAGCCCUCAACUACUGAGCCGGAGGAGUGUCUGGACUGUAGCGUGGAAGGUGGCACAGCCUCAUCCUAUAUGCCAUGCUGUACGUUCCUUAUUCCACACUGCCUGGAUUCAUACGCCAUGCUGUACGUUCCAUAUUCCACACUGCCUCAUUUCAUAUGCAAUGCUAUACAGUGCACGAAUAGCAACUUCGGAGCUGCUUUGAUGUCCCCAUGGUAUACCUACGACACUCUGCCUUACCUCUCUACAGCCUGA